GGUCUGCAAAGUGUAGCGUGUAAAGCAAGAUAUUUAGAGUUCACUAACUUGUCGGAAUCAGCUAAUAUACAGAAGGUCUGAUGCGCAGUGAAAUAUUUAUUGUAACUUGGCCGUUGUAUCCAUACGUUGUGAGAAACGUUUAUUGAAAUAGUGCAUCGGUUUGUUCCCUGAAAAGUCACUGCUCUUGGUGAAAAUGGCGCCCACAGGCGUUGUGGCAAGUGAAAAGUUGCAAGAAUGGAAACUUAAAGCUGACAGGUGUAUAGACGAAGCCAAAGACAAACUCUUCACUCUGAGCAAAGACAUAUGGAGUUGUCCAGAGGUUGCUUAUGAGGAAAAACAGUCACAUGAGAGACUGGUCCGUUUCUUCUCGGAGGAGAAAGGAUGGAAAGUCGAAGGCCACUACAAUCUGCCCACCGCAUUUCGGGCGACAUGGGGACCUUUCGGCGGUAAAGACGGCGACGAUGUUGUGAACAUCGGGUUUCUUUGUGAGUACGACGCGUUGCCCGGCAUCGGCCAUGCAUGCGGGCAUAACCUGAUAGCAGAGGUGGGCGCUGCCUCGGCACUGGGGCUGAAGGGCGUGCUGGAGAGCGAACCUGGCACUCCUGUCCGUGUGAAGGUGACUGUGCUGGGCACUCCGGCAGAGGAGGAAGGCGGGGGUAAGGUAGACCUGAUCUUGGCGGGGGCGUUUGAGGGCCUGGAUGUGGUCUUCAUGGCACACCCAUCACAAGAGGAUGCUGUCUACCUCCCAGACAUGGCCGUGCAUGAUGUGACUGUGAAGUACCACGGGAAAGCCUCGCACGCGGCCGCGUACCCUUGGGAAGGGGUGAACGCGCUGGAUGCAGCUGUCCUGGCCUACUCCAGCCUGUCCACUCUCAGACAGCAGCUCAAGCCUGACUGGAGACUCCACGGUAUCAUUAAGCAUGGUGGGUUGAAGCCCAACAUCAUCCCAGCUUAUUCUGAGCUGGAGUUCUACCUGCGGACUCCCAAACACAAAGACCUGUCCAGCCUUAGAACCAAGGCAGAGAUGUGCUUCAAGUCUGCUGCCAUGGCAACAGGGUGCGAGGUUGAAAUAGUGUUUGCAAAGCAUGAGUACCACAACAUUCUCCGCAACCUCACGCUGGACCAGCUGUACGAAGCGAAUGGGAAGGCCCUUGGAAUGGAGUUCACCACAGACCAGACGGUUCUGAACACACCCUCUGGCUCCACUGACUUUGGCAAUGUGUCAGGCGUGGUUCCAGGGAUACACCCCUAUUUCUAUAUUGGCUCCACCGCCCUGAACCACACCGAGGAGUACACCGCUGCUGCAGGCUCGGAGAAGGCUCAGUUCUACACCCUGCGGACGGCCAAGGCCCUGACCAUGACAGCGCUGGACCUGCUGCUCCGCCCGGAGCUCCUGAGGAGGGUGAAGGAGGAGUUCGCCCGGGCCGUGCUGAGGGGGUAGGGGGGGGUCAGAGGGUGGCUGUUGUCUCCCCAGCCUCAUUUCCCUGGGACAGUCAAAA